AUGUCCUCCAAAACCACCCCCGCCAACAUCAUCACCUCAACUCCCUACUCCGACCUCACCAACACUCUCACAAAAUCCCCCACCACCUCCUCGCCCUCCGCCUCCUCCUCCUCAGCAAGAAGCGAGAGAGCCAUGAGCGCGACAUCAACCUGGCAACCCAAGCUCGACCGGCGCCAAAGCUUCAGCAACGAGGAAUACAAGCACAUGAUGCAAGCGAGGAGUGGAUCUACGGGCGGGAGCGGCUUGAGUGGCGUUAAGAAGGCUGCUGCGGAAGGGUUUAGUGAGGAGUGA